AUGGAGGUCAUCACUCGCCUUCUGCAAUUCGCUGAUAAAGGCAAGUUGGCGCGUGGCACCAUCAACUCGACUGCAACGGAGACACGCCUCCACCGCACUACCGUGUCCAAGAUAUGGCACACGUUCCGCCGAAACGCUCGCAUGCCCUCCUCCAGGCCCAGCCGCGUCGGUUUGAAGAUGGUCUACACGAAAGAUCACGUCACGAACCUCGUCAUGGGUGUACCUGAUGAACAGCAAGCAACGUUGAGCGACAUGUCCGUUGCUACAGGAACGAACAUCGGGACACACCAUCGCAAGCUCCGCGUCGGCACGAUUGAGCGCAAGUCAUCCCAGCCCAACCCGCUUCUCACCGACACGGUCGAGAGCAUUGAAUUUUGGCGCUCACGAAUUCCGCCGGCGAAGUAG